CGCCCGCGCCACCAUCACCGUCAAGAUACCCUACCCAACGCACAACCACCCCAUACAUCCCACACACACCCUUGGAUAAGCGGCCUUUGCCAACAAGUGCGUUGAAAAUGACGAGCACAGAGGCGGCCGAGCAGCAGCUCGAGGUUCCCCACACGGUCGAACAGCCCGAGGCCAGCGAGCCAGCGGCAGGCGACGAGCAUGACGACGACAUUGACGACCUGUUCGACGAGUCGGAAGACGAGGCCCACGAGCUGGUGGGGUCGUCGGGAAACGCGCACGACUACACAAAAGCGUACAACCGCCAGCGCAAACUCAACGACACAUCCAUCGCCGCCGACCACAAGCCCAAGACGAACGCGCAAAAGCCCACGGCCAACACAAAGGCCUCGCUCGACGACGAGGUCGCAUCGCUCGCGAAACAUGCCAGCAAGAUCCGCCUCAACGACCGCUUCGUCGGCGCAACGGGUGGCGCUGCGCGAGACAAGGACAAGGCCGACCGCGCCACGACGGAGCAGGUGCUCGACCGACGCACCCAGAUGAUUCUGCUGCAGCUCAUCAACCGCAACACCAUGUCGGAGAUCCACGGCGUCAUUUCGACGGGCAAGGAGGCCAACGUCUACCACGCCAUCACAGAGUCCGACGACGCCGACCCCAUCCACCGCGCCGUCAAGGUGUACAAGACGUCGAUUCUCGUCUUCAAGGACCGCGCAAAGUACGUCGAGGGCGAGUUCCGCUUCCGCCAGGGAUACAACAAGAGCAACAACCGCGCCAUGGUGAAGAUGUGGGCCGACAAGGAGCGCAGGAAUCUGGCGCGCAUCCACGACGCCGGCAUCCCGUCGCCUGAACCCGUGGCGCUGCGACAGCAUGUGCUCGUCAUGGGCUUCGUGGGCGACAGGAAGGGCAAGGCGGCUCCGCGACUGAAGGAUGUGCGCUUCGAGGGCCUGACGUCGGAAGAGGAGGACACGAAAUGGACCGAGCUGUACGUGCAGAUGCUGGCCUACAUGCGCAUCCUGUACCACACGUGUCGUCUCGUGCAUGCCGAUCUGAGCGAGUACAACGUCCUCUUCCACGACGGGAAGCAGUGGAUCAUCGAUGUCUCGCAGGCCGUCGAGCACGACCAUCCACGGUCGCUCGAGUUCCUGCGCAUGGAUGUCAAGAACGUGUCUGAUUUCUUCCGGUCGCGCAAUGUCGAGGUACUCAGUGAACGGCGGGCGUUUGUGUUUGUCACGAGCGACGUAGGGGCCAAAGAGAACAAGGACAUGGACAAGAUCGAGGAGCAGGUUUAUGAGCUGUUCAACAAAGGCGAGGCACUGACGGAGGAAGAGAAGCGCAAGGAGGAGCAAGGGGAUGACGUCUUCCGCAACCAGUACAUACCGCAGACGCUGGACCAAGUCUACGAUAUUGAGCGCGACGCCGAACUCGUCAACAAGGGCGAGGGCGAGGGGCUGGUAUAUCAGGGGUUGUUGGCGGACAAGGUGGUCAACAACGAGUCGGACGCUUCCGAGCAUGACUCUGACGCAAACUCGGAGGGAUCAGAUGGGAAUUCAGACGGGUCCGAGGUGGACCAGAGCAUCUUCGACAAGGGGCCGGCGCGGGGCAAGAAGAACAUGGACAAGGACGAGAAGCGGGACCACAAGAAGUCGAUCAAGGAGGAGAAGCGCGAGAAGCGCAAGGACAAGAUUCCCAAGCACGUCAAGAAGAAGCUGGUGGCGCAGUCGAGCAGGAAAAAGUGAGGUGGGCGUGUAUUGUGUACAUGUAGGAGCUACUUCAAGUCGUUAUUCUAUCAUGUAUGUCUUGCUGGUCACCACGUCAAGCACUCCUGCUACAGCAUGUUCUUCCGCCACGCGCGUGUGCCCAGGCGUUCAAUCUCGGGCACCUCGACUGGCCCGCGGACGUCCUGGUCUUCUAGGGCCUCGACAACUGCGGCACCGACGAGAUCGGCCUUCAAGGGCUUGAUACCCCCAGCGCCCAUGGCCCACGUCAGACGGCCACCGACGGCGCUGUUCACCAUGGCGGCGAUGCCACUGACGGCGGCGAUGGGCAUGGUGAAGGAGCGCGAGGCGUCGUAGAGGAAGGGGGCGCGGAUGAAGACGGAGCGCAUCGAGGGGAAGGUGGUGCUGAUGAUGGACUCGGCCUCGCGCUUGGUGUUGAUGUAGCGGGCGGGCAGGAUCGGGGUGCCGGCGGCGGCCGAGAUGUAGAG